AUGAAUCAGCAUAAGGUUUAUUACGAUUCCCUUGUGUACAUUUCGUUUGUCUUCUUCGUUCCAUUUCAUCUCAGUUCUUACAUACAAAACAAAACUGCUCACUCGACAAAAUGUUGUUGUCUUAUUGAUGCUUCACGUAUCGUCGUCUCCUUAUUCAUUCAAACAAACAAUGCUGAAACGAUCAAUUCAAAGCCUCCUAAAAGUUGA